ACACUCCAGUAAUCCGCUGGUUAUAGGAGGAGAUUGCAUCCUCGUCCACUGGGCUCACGAUACCAGUGAGGGAGAAUUAAAGCCCGUGGAAGAAAAAGAAAAAGACAUAACGGGAGAAUAAGAGCAAAUAACGGAACCAUAACAUGCCCACAUGGAACCGUUAGAAGGGCUACAGGCAUUCUGGAACGAAACGGCUUUACACUACGAGCAGGCGACAGCGGGACCGGAGCGAGGAUGUCUCCUAAUAUAAGACAACCAGGCUCAGCAUCUACAGCCCAGACGCAGGACAUAUGAGGUGAACGCGGGCUGGAGUGGACCCGGUGGGACAUGGUGACAUUUGCGAUUGAGUGCUCCUUCCUGCCUGAGACCUCCUCGGCUGUCUCGGCGUUUCUUACGCCUGGAUGUCGCCUCCUGCACGAUCCUCUCCCUGGCCUCUGUACCGCCGUGUGGGCACCCACACAGACCACCUUUUUUUUCUUCUUUCUUUUCUACAAGUAAUGCUUUGCAGUGCUGCAAAACCGAAAGCCUAUGUGCGUUUUCACUGAUUAGUUGCCAUGUAUCACUCACUGAAUCUGGAAACGUAAACUCUAGGUGGAAGUCCAUGUGAUCUCUGCGUCAUUACCAUAACAAUCAGCUGGAAAAUAAAGCAACAACAAAUCACGGAACAUCGCCCUCCUAGACUUUUGCCUCGGGGCAAAUGGGAUGAUACUUGUUUGCUUCAGAUGCUACGGCUGUAGAGAGACUUGCUAAGACGGGCUGGCGAGUCCACAUACAUCUCCGCACAAGUUGAUGAACUAGACUGGCCGGCCUCGGCGGUGGGAUCCCACAGAAACGAAGCUCCCAGACAGCGGAAACCAGGAUCCUCUCCCGUCCUGGAGCUGGCAGAGCACCGCGGGCCCGGAACGGAACGCCCCUCUUCGGGAUUUUGCCUGGUUAUUACACAGAACCUGGAGCUGAGCCUUUAACAUUUUCAUGCUGUGGCAACUGUUGAGGCUUAAAGAGCAGCUCCCCUGUUCCCCCGGUUAGAUUCUGAAGUUCAUGUGAGUUGUUGUUUUUUUGUUCAUGUGGAAAUCCAAAAUUCUGCAGAAAGCCCUCCCCAAGGGUUUCAAACAUGACGUUUUAAUCCAGCCGUAGAAAUGCAGCCGGGGUGUUUUAGUGGUAAACUUGCACAGCAGCUGUUAGUCAGACUGGAUGUCUGAAAGAGAGACACUGAGACUUGGAUAUUUGCAUACUUGUAGUUUUGCCAACACCCUUUUCCCAGCAUAUGCAAUGCAUUGAUUUCCUCCAGUGCCUACAUUGUAAAUAACUCCGUGGAUAUAUUAUAAUGACUUUUUAUUAUCUAAAAUCGUUGUCGCUAUUAGCUGUUCUUGAGGAUCACGAUGCUAUUGUGCUGCCCCGGAUGUUUUUUUGUUUUCCCCCCACUUAAUUAACCUCACAUUUUCCAGAGGUGUACCAUUUGGCUGAUGAGAUGCUGAGUGACUGUGAACACAUUUACCUGAGUACCACGCUUUCCCCUGCUGUUGCUAACUGAUUGUUUUUGGGAGCAUGUGUAACAGAAAGAGGAACCAGGCAUGAGACUGCACAGCCUGGGGAGAUAUUGUGUCAGGAGGAACGCAAGAGGAAGCAUGAGUGGCACUACGGAAGACACGGUGCAGAGUGUAACAAGCUUAAAGUCUACAAGAGAGAGAAUUACGAGCCUUUGCUGUGAGAAAAUUGUAUUUUCUCCUUUCUGAGACCAACUGCUGACUGGGAAUCAACGCUCCAUGCAUCACAUUACUUUUUGAAUUGAGAACGUAUUCCCCUGUGCACUGUGGGAUAUCCACCCUGCAUACUUGGCCACCUGCGAGUUCUGCUCAUAUUUUGAGUACCCUCAUCUUGGAUUCCCUGUUGCUGUGUUUGUGUGUUAUUUGUUUAGCGAUCUCAAAGGACUUUUGCCGAAGGAAAUACUUCUUCUUCAUCUUCCUAUUCCCUAGAAGUAGAAAGUUGUCAACGGGAAGUUUACAGCAAAUACAAACACGUGAUUGCUGUUGUGGCCCAAACAACCCCUUUGGUCUCAAUGGAUGUCAGUUUGUCUCACUGAAUCCAAGCGUGGAUACCUCCCUCAACCUUUGUGCUCUAAGGACAAGCAAAAACAAACACUCCCUCCUAUCAGACUGCAUUCGGAGACUGCGUUCCUAUCGCCGUGGUGAUGGGGAGCUCAGCCUCGUCUCUCACUGCAGAGACAGAGUCAGACCAUGGCUUCCGCAGCACCCCGUACCCAUCGUCACCUCCUGUGGGCUGGCUCAGGAACAGCCACAGCAGCCCGGUGUGGGGCACCACCUUCAUCCCACGUCAGCAGCAGCCCCCACUGCCUCACCGAGAGCGCAGCCACUCUCACUCUCCGGGCUCCAUGGCAGCCGCGGUGCGAGGCAGUGAGUGGUCAUGUGGACGCUGCACCUUCCUAAAUGCCGGCGCAGCACCUCGCUGCUCCAUCUGUGAGGCACCACGCCAGAAGCCCGACCUUAACCAGAUCCUGCGGCUGAGCAGCACUGAGGAGCAUCGCUGGGCCUGUCCCCGCUGCACGCUCAACAACCCCCAGGGAUCUGGAGCCUGCACUGUCUGUGGCUUCGGACCAUCCUCUGCCACUCACACACCCCCUACAACCACCACAGCUGCCACUGCCAACGGCCUCCCGUCUGGUCUGAUUGAACCCCUAACACCUACUGCCCCCCCCACAGUUCUACUCGAGCCCCAUGGACAGCAUCCAGCUAAGGAAGAAGUGCUGCGUCGGUCUGAGAGCAAUGGGGAGGUGUGUGGCCUGGAGGUGCAGCACUCGGGCUGGGCUUGUCCUCGCUGCACACUUCACAACACACCUGUGGCACUGUCAUGCUCGGCCUGUGGUGGGCCCAGGAAACUGUCUUUGCCUAAAAUCCCCCCUGAGGCACUAGUUGUGCCUGAGGUGCGAACACCUGUGCUGGGGUUUCCUGUUCACACAGCAGGGGCUGUCCCGCUACUCAUAGACCUAACGGAUGACUCUCCCCCAGCCCCUGCCUGUGAUCCUCAAGAAUCACCCCAUGUCUCCUCACUGUCCAAUUCCUCCCCUUUCACUACUUUUUCAUCCCUCCAAAACAACCCGGUGCCUCGCAGCAGGAGAGAGGUGCCCCCGCCAGGGCGCCCACCAAACCCAGGCACCAACACACCCAGCCCCACCUCCCCGUCCGCAGCCGGUGUGCCACCCCAGCCAGGCCCACAGCGGCCAACCAAGCCCAAACAUGCCCAGCCCCAGGAACCUUCAUACCCCAGCAAGCGCCUCAGUAUCUUGGAAGAAGAAGAUCCUCAGAAACACCCAUUGAUCCCCCACAUUCCUGUUGCUUUAACAGCUGCCCCCACCUGGAAGUGCCCUAACUGCUCAUUGUCCAACCCAAGUAGCUCGUCUAAGUGCGACGCCUGCCGCUCAUCACAGGCUGGUGCUGACCUCAUUGACUUGGUAGGCUGUGAGACGGUGCGAUUCACUCCGGCCAGCCCCUCCAGCCCAGACUUUAGCACGUGGGCGUGCUCCAAGUGCACGCUGCGCAACCCCACCGGGUCCGCCAAGUGCUCAGCCUGUGGUUCUUCCAAGCUGCAUGGCUUUCAGGAGCAGCAGGUGCCUCUGCCCCGCUGCUGUACACACUGUGGGACUACAUCAUGCUCCUGUAUACCUUCCUCAUCCUCCUCGGGUCAUAAAACACGGAAACAGGCCCGGGGCUACCCUUCCUCCUCUUCUGCUAUCACUUCCUCUACGUCCUCCUCCACCUCAUCUAGCCUUCAGGAGAAGGUAGGACAGUGGAGCUGCCCAGCAUGUACGCUGCUCAACGACAUCAAGGCCAAAUACUGUGCAGCAUGCCACACAGCGCAGCAAUACCUCACCCUUCGCAAGGUGGUUAAGCCUCUGAAGAGGAGGGAGAGCAUGCAUGUAGAGGCCCGUCGACGAAAUGAUGAGGGCGAGGCCAAGGAGCUUUUGGAGAACAUAGUCAGCUUCUGCAGAGAGAACACCGUGAACUUUGUGGACGACAGUUUUCCCCCGGGACCUCGCUCCGUGGGCUUCCCCGAGGGCGACAGCGUCCAGCAGCGAAUCAAAAAGUGGCUCCGCCCCCACGAGAUCAACUGCAGCAACUUUAAAGACCGAGGCGUCAAGUGGUCCGUCUUUCGCACGCCACGGCCCUCUGACAUCCUGCAAGGCCUGCUCGGGAACUGCUGGUUCCUGAGUGCUCUGGCGGUGCUGGCGGAGCGUCCGGAGCUGGUGGAGAGGGUGAUGAUCACUAGGACCAUCUGUCCGGAGGGGGCCUACCAGGUCCGGUUGUGUAAAGACGGGACGUGGACGACUGUACUGGUGGAUGACAUGCUGCCCUGUGACGAGUAUGGCUACCUCCUCUUCUCCCAGGCUCAGAGGAAGCAGUUAUGGGUGGCGCUUAUUGAAAAGGCCCUGGCCAAACUCCAUGGCUCCUACUUUGCCCUGCAGGCAGGGCGCGCCAUUGAGGGCCUGGCGACGCUGACGGGGGCCCCUUGUGACUCCCUGAUGCUCCAGGUCAGCUCCACCAACCCUCGGGAGGAACCCAUCGACACCGACCUCAUCUGGGCCAAGAUGCUCAGCUCCAAGGAGGCUGGGUUUCUGAUGGGUGCAUCUUGUGGAGGAGGCAACAUGAAGGUGGACGACGCCGUCUAUGAGUCACUGGGUCUGCGUCCUCGACAUGCCUAUUCCAUCCUAGACGUCCGAGAUGUCCAGGGUUACAGGUUGCUGCGGCUGCGUAACCCGUGGGGUCGCUUCUCGUGGAACGGCAGCUGGUCGGACGAGUGGACGGACUGGCCGCAGCACCUGCGUCACGAGCUGAUGGCUCAUGGCAGCAGCGAGGGGGUCUUCUGGAUGGAGUACAGCGACUUUAUAAAGUACUUUGACUCAGUGGACAUCUGUAAGAUCCACUCGGACUGGCAGGAGGUGAGGCUGCAGGGUUGCUUCCCUAGCAAGGCCAGCGGACCGGUCACUGUCACUGCCCUCACCGUGCUGGAGAGAACGGCAUUAGAGUUUGCUCUCUUCCAGGAGGGAAGCAGGCGGUCGGACACAGCCGACAGCCACCUGCUGGACCUGUGCAUCAUGGUGUUUCGGGCCUCUUUCGGCAGCGCCAACAAGCUGACUCUGGGCCGCCUGUUGGCCCACAGCAAGCGGGCGGUGAAGAAGUUUGUUGGUUGUGAUGUGAUGCUGGAGCCGGGGGAGUACGCUGUUGUCUGCUGCGCCUUUAACCACUGGCAGAUGAAUGUCAGCGGGGCGGAAGGUCCUCCCACGCCGGUCUCCAGCCCGACCAGCGCAGCAGCACGGCGGCCCAGCCAAGACUUCCCCGGCUAUAUCCUUGCUAUCUACAGCUCGCGACAGGUGAUGGUGGAGCAAGUGGAGGCGAUGGCCACCACGUUGGCCGACGCCAUCAUCCUCCUCACGGAAAACAAAGGCGAAAGACACGAGGGCCGCGAGGGCAUGACGUGCUACUACCUGACCCAUGGCUGGGCGGGGCUCAUCGUGGUGGUGGAGAACCGCCAUCCCAAAUACUACCUCCACGUCUCCUGUGAUUGCACUGACAGCUUCAAUGUGGUGUCGACACGCGGCAGCCUCAAGACCAUCGACAGCGUACCGCCUUUGCACAGGCAGGUGCUGGUGGUACUUUCACAGCUGGAGGGAAAUGCCGGUUUCUCCAUCACCCACCGCCUGGCUCACCGCAAGGCAGCCCAGGCCUCCCUGGGAGACUGGACCCCCACCAAGGCCACCCACUGCCCCCAGCUCACUGCGGACAUUGAUGGCCUGCACCGGCCCAGGCCGCUAUGACCACCGCCCACUAUCUCACACACAGACUAUCCAAUAAAUUGUCAGAUGACUGGAAAACCAGGCAAGGGAAGGCGAGUGGUUUGUGCUGCCCUUAAACGUGGAGAAAGAUGUGUAGUUGUGUGUCUUUUUUUUUAGAUGAACACACACCUGAAUGUAAAGCAUAACUAGGCAGCAUUUAUGUGCUGUCCUCCUAAAGCUCCAUAAAUGCUUUUAUCUGGCCCUUACGAGCUCUCUUCCUUGCCAAGUGGAUGUGCCAUGUCAGGAUGAAAUGAGGGAAGCGGGCCAUGCGGCGUGACCUGGAUUUACUCACAAAACAAUGUUUCACCCAGGCACCAAACAUGAUCCAGUUCAGACUACUUAAAAUUCUGGACGUUAUUUGGUACGAGCGUUGUACGUGGAACGAAUGUCACCCCCGAGUUUCGUAUGCUUGGAGACGACCCUGCUUUCUUCACAGAAGUCAGGGUGGAGUGCCCUAACUACUGAGCCAUUUUCCAGCCCACAAACUUUGAGCCAAUCACCCGCAGCGAUCAGACACUUGCCCCUUUGUCGUCCACAAGGACAGCUCACGAAGCAGAAGACUCAGUAUGGUACUUCAUGAGCCAACACAAUAAUCUAGUUUUACUCAUAGUCAUACAUGUUUUUUUUUAUUUUUUUAUUCAAUACUGUUGGUCUUACUUGCUUCAUAUACGGCCUUUGUGGCCGUCAUGUCCAUAUUUGUGUUUUUGAGGUCGUAGAAAAAGCCAUCAUUCAUACAGUACUGUCUGUCCCGAGUCUCCAUUGUCACUGCAUUGCUGUGUAGCGCUCUCUCUAACUCAGGACCAAACCCAUGAUUUGUAGGGUAAGCUGGAGUAAAUCAAAAACCUCAAGCUGAUGUCGUGGCAGGUGAAUGGCGCCCAGAUUGCUGGAUUAUCAUCUUUCUGUAAGCCCUUAUGAGCCAAGCUGUGGUGUAGAGGGGAGUGUUGUGAUUGGGAGGUUUUAUCUUGUAAAAUACUGACAGGUGAUAGAAUUCCUUCCCGGGUGUUUCGACUAACAUACAAUUUUGGCUUUUUCCCUACUGAGAAACCACUUUACCUCCUUUAUUUCUCCCUCUGACUUACUUACUUAAUUCAUUUUUAACUCGGUCUUAUUUCGGGGUCCAACCGCUGGAGGCCAGUUAUUAUGACCAGCUAUGAAGCUCGGGCAUACUUGCUUUUGUCAUCCAAUUCAGCAGUCACUUUAUUUCUUCACGCUUGGGGAGCAACUCCCCUUUUUACACGUUGAAUGCUGCUUCUUGCACUCUUGGAUUGUGACACCCCAAAAUUUUGUCUGAUCUUUUUAUUUUUUUUCUGUGUGAGUGGGGGUAUAUAUCACCUUUAAUCAGAUUUGAAAGGACAGAGAGAGGGGGAAGACGCGCAAGAAACCGCCGCAGGUCGGAUUCGAACCCUGGGUCUGCGUCGAGGAACAAACCUUGUCACAUGGGCGCGCGCUCUACCAACUGAGGUACCCAGGCGCCUGUGUCUGAGCUUUUUUUGGUACUAAAAAUCUGUGUCUAUUUGUCCCACGUUGCCAGUAUUUUUGAUUUACACUUGAGUGUACUUAGGGAGUACCAGAGGAAGUAGUUGCUGUUUGAACAUUCUGCCAGAGGAGCUGUCGCGUUUACCUUGGGAGGUCAGGGACCAUUUUUGUUUGUCUGGGUGCAGUGCGAGCAUCUGGGCCAUCCUCCCACUAGAACACACCGACCGCACACUAGCGACAGCACAGAGUCCUUUUGUAAUAACAUGUUACAAUGUUGUCAGUCCGCGCGCGCACAUAACAAGAGAGAGAGGGGACCCAUGAGACAUGUCAGACACAGAAAAUAGUUUAGUUUUGUCUGCGUCGAUUCAAAGCAUGGGUCGCCUACAGCAGUUUUACGUAGGUUCCCUUUUAGGGGGCCCCACCCGCCACUUGAUCGUUCCAAUUUCUUCCGUGUCAAAGCCAUUACUCCUGUUUCACUAAGGACCUUUCAGUCCUCACCAUGGCAACAUGGAUGUUUCAUCAGAGAGAGGGUGAAAACUAACUCGGUACUAUAGUAACGGGAUGGAGUGGGGGACGUUUUUUUUUUUUUCAAGUCAAAUUGGAUGUCUUACUAUUAUAGUGAAAUGGAAAAAAACUUGAAAGCUUAUGUGCAAAAUCGCCGGGGCACUCCUACGAUGAAUAACUGCUCGGUAGAAAUGAAUGCUUUUUUUGGUUUAUCAUUUUGAGUCUAAGCAUUAAAGUUCCCACAUGACUUGAUUCAGUUCAGGACUGUAGCGCAGUGCCCUUGAGUUGGAAGUGUGCUGAAACAUGCAUCAUCUCACUGUGUCCCGUACGCUCGCAGUCGUACUUGACUUACCGCACAACCACGACUGGAAGGCUGUACUUCCACGGCGUUUUCAGGACAGCUCGUAACGAAAACCACUACCGCCGAGUAACGUUCUCCCAUAAAGAAACCUGAAGCUGAAGUAGCUGUAAAUAUGUUUUCCAAAGAGACAAAAUGUGUAACGAUGACCACUUUGAGAUGUCUGUCUGCGCUGUGAGUGUGUGUGUGUGUGUGUGUGUGUGUGUGGUCACAGCUGCUUGGCCGUGACCUUUUUAAUUUAUUUGUGCAAGUGAUUUGCAGUCCUGUUGUCAAAUGAAUAUUGCUCGAUACUGGACCGAUGUAUGACAGAUAAAGGAAUGUGAUAAUUGUAUGGCUUUAGUUUGGAGCCCAGAGGGAUUUUGCUUGAGACAAAAA